GUAGCGGAGUCAGUGGUGUCACGUGAUAUUACUUCACGAAACGAUAUACUUAUAUAUUGUUUGUUGGCGAAAAAAGUAGAUCGAGAAAUAAACUUACAUAGGUACUUACUUACUUACUGAUACUUGCACAGAGAAAAGACGAUCAACAAUGCGUAUGCGGGGGAGAAGGAAAUUAAAAAAUUUGCAGUAUUAAAAUGUUUGAUUGCUUGAGCUUUCACAAAGUGCAGUUUGCAGUAGAUUAUCUAAGUUUCUACUGUAGAUAGCCAUCCUAGCCAUCCUUCUGUCACAGGAUAAAGCUCCAAAAUGAAGUUCGCGGAGCACCUCUCUGCCCACAUAACUCCAGAAUGGAGGAAACAGUACAUCAGCUACGAGGAGAUGAAGGCAAUGUUGUACACAGCAGUGGAGGAAGCACCCUCGGCCGAAAGCGUGGAAGCCGAAGUGCUGACCAGGCACUUUGCCUCCUUCGAUGAAGUAUUUUUCACAUUUUGCGACAGGGAACUUAAAAAAAUCAACACUUUCUACUCCGAAAAAUUAGCCGAGGCGACGCGCAAGUACGCCGCCCUGCAAAGCGAGCUCAAAAUAGCCCAGGAUCUGCAACAAGGUAGUGGCAAGAAUAAGGGAAAAGCUGCUGUCAAAGGCCAACUGCCCACCAGAAAGAUCCGAGAACUCAAGCUCGCCUUUUCGGAGUUUUACUUGUCGCUCAUUCUCUUGCAGAACUACCAAAAUCUCAACUACACUGGGUUCAGGAAGAUUUUGAAAAAACACGACAAGCUACUGUCGGUGGACUGUGGAUUAAAAUGGCGAACGGAGUUUGUGGAGAACGCUCACUUUUACACGUCCAAGGACAUAGACAAACUGAUCCAGGACACGGAGGCGACCGUGACGAGUGGCCUCGAGGGUGGCGAUCGCCAGAGAGCCAUGAAAAGGCUCAGGGUACCACCGCUCGGUGAGCACCAGAGUCCCUGGACGACUUUCAAAGUUGGCCUGUUCUCCGGCAGCUUCAUCGUCCUCUUCAUAACUGUAGUAUUAUCAGCCAUAUUCCACGACGAGGGCGAGAACCUGAAGGUAGCCUUCCGAUUGUACCGAGGCCCUUUGCUCAUAGUCCAGUUCCUCUUUUUGAUCGGCGUGAACGUGUACGGCUGGCGAUCCUCGGGCGUCAAUCACGUCCUGAUAUUCGAGCUCGAUCCUCGCAAUCACCUGUCAGAGCAGCAUUUAAUGGAACUCGCGGCCGUCCUCGGGGUCGUGUGGACAUUGAGCCUCCUCAGCUUCCUCUACAGCGCCAGCCUGAGUAUACCGCCUUACGUGAACCCGCUAGCGCUCGUCGUCAUAAUGCUCAUGUUCUUGCUCAAUCCUUUCAAGGUCUUCAGGCACGAGGCGCGCUUCUGGCUCUUGAGGAUCAUCUGGCGAGUGCUGAUAGCGCCAUUUGCCUACGUGAACUUUGCCGAUUUCUGGCUGGCCGAUCAGUUCAACAGUUUGGCCGCGGCUUUCCUCGAUUUUCAUUUUCUCGGCUGCUUCUACCUCACCAACGGGAACUGGCUCGAGGCGGGUAACGCGGAUCAGUGCAUCCGUGGCUCGCUCAUUGUCAGGCCCAUCGUGAAUUGUCUGCCUGCGUGGUUUCGUUUCGCCCAAUGCAUCAGACGCUAUCGGGACUCCAAGGAGGCCUUCCCGCAUCUCGUUAACGCGGGCAAGUAUGCCACGACUUUCCUGGUCGUCAUCACUUUUACCCUGCAGAUGCACAACAAAGACAAGUACAGCACUUGGGAGAGUCCGUACCUCUGGCUGUGGCUCAUUAGCUGUUUCAUCAAUUCCAUAUAUUCGUACACUUGGGACAUAAAAAUGGAUUGGGGCCUUCUGGACGGCAGUGCCGGGGAAAAUAAAUUUUUGAGAGAAGAAGUCGUUUACUCAUCGGCCGGUUUUUACUACUUCGCCAUUAUCGAAGAUUUUAUCCUGAGAUUCGUGUGGAUACUGAGCUUUUUGCUAAUCGAGUAUCAGAUAAUCGGAACUGACUUGAUGACAUCGAUAGUUGCGCCCCUGGAAGUGUUCAGGAGGUUCGUGUGGAACUUUUUCCGACUGGAAAACGAACACCUGAACAACUGCGGUAAAUUCCGAGCCGUCCGUGACAUUUCGAUCGCGCCACUCGAGAGUUCCGAUCAGAUACAAAUCUUGCGGAUGAUGGACGAGGAGAAUGGGGUACUUAAUCGCGGAAAGCGCAAAGCUGGCAAUAAAAAGCAGAGUAGCUCGAAGGAGGACAAGCGCAGCUUGCUCAAGGACGAGACCAUCGACAUGGAUGUGUCGAAUGCCAGCUGAGAUUAAACUGCUGUAAAAAGUCUUCUUCCUUGAACUAUAAGCGAUUCAGGUGAAACCCUCACUUGAUUUUUCCUCUUUUUCUUGUGCAAUCGUCAUCUUAACUUUUCUUUUUAGCUUUUUGCUAAUUUUACACGUUACUUUAUAAUUAUUUUUCAAGCAGCUGUUCUAUACGUAUUGUUAGGUAGUUUUAGUUGUUAUUGCAAACUGAUGAGGCCUCAAUUACUUGUUUUUAAACUUUCAUUCUGUGUACAUAUAUAAAUCUUUUAUAUAUUUAAUUAUUAAAUUAUAAGUAUAUAUACUUUAUUUUUCUUAAAGUCUUCCAUGAUGAACACACAGGAUACAUCCUUAUCAUCAUAUUAACAAUCUUUGGUUGGACAAACACAAUUUUUCGCUGAUACAAGUUACUUAUUUAGUUUAAAAAAAAGAUAAAAUUGAACAAUUAUUACUUUGUCUAGGAGAAUAUUACAUUAGGAGCUAAUAAACGUCUUAAAUAUAUCUUACUGUAUAAGCAUAGACAACAGCAUUUAUAUUAUAUAUUUUUAAUAAAAAAAUUCACUCAAUUACCUGCAGCAUACUUGUACUCUUAAAAAUUUUAAUAUGUAUUUUAUUUAUGAUUUUAGAAACAAUAAUAUAACUUGUCUGAUCUUUUUAUGAAACAACGGCCAAAAAAAAGAAUUUUUCCGCACUCGGGUGGUUUUGGGAGGCUGGUACUUCCUCGGGCGAAAAAGCAGUUUU